UAAUAGACCCCGCCCAUAUCAUCAUGGCCGCCGCCCCUAGAAAACGACCAUAUCCUUUUGAGGAAUACAUCCCCGUUCAAUCAAAGGUACAUGUUGGUAUCAAAGAAGCUGCAGAUGAAGAUGAAAUGGAAAGAGUUUAUGCACACACAAGAGCACUGUUAUUUAAAGGUGCUAAUCCUCAAGCCUCACAAAAGACACUGGAAUCCAUUGGUGGAAUGAACGGGCUUGUGGAUGGUCUUAAUGAAGAGAACAAUCCUCCUCCUCCUCCUCCUCCUUGUUUCAAUCCCUGCCCUCAUCAUCCCUUCUUUGACUCUAUCCAAUGCACCGACUGUGAAAAGAGAGUCUGUAUCACUAAUUGCUCAAGAUCCUGUUGUGUGUGUGGUCAAAUAUUCUGUCAAUAUUGCUCAGUUUUAAAGUAAACCAGAGACAAUAGUAACUAUUACGUAAUAGUAGUACUGCAAUAAUUAACUGAUAACAAAGGCAUCCAUUGUAAUAGUAUGAGUAAUAUUUUGUCUUUAAUAGUAGUUGCAAUAGGAAUUAGGGUUUAAUAG